ACUGAGUGAGCAAUUACACAAAAGGUUGAGAAUUUGCUAUCACCCACUCCUCCCACAGCUUCUUGACCUUUUUCCCCUUCCUUUCUUAUCUGACAUUACUGGUUAUCACGGCCACCAGUGAAAGCGCGUUAUCAUAUGUCAUCUUCUUCUUAGGUGCCCCUCCUGACAUCUGCAUAAUUUUGAAGGCCAUGAGGUUGUCACAGAGUUUGUCUAUGGGGGCUACCUUUACUAAAACUCUACUGUUUUUCUAGGUUUAUGUGAAAUCAUAGCUGAGAGUUGAGAUAACUGGUCCUUUGUGUUCUGUUUCCCUGGAUUCUUCUCGUCCUGGGCUCGCCUCAGAUUUCUGUUCUUGCAGCUUUUGGAUCUGAUUGAUAUUGUUUUCAGCACGAUCAAAAGCAUCCGUACCUGAAAAGAUUUUAUCCCUUGAUCAGUCUGGAGUAACAGUGAUCAAGAGUUGGAGCUUGAGUCGUCUAAGAAAUUCCAACGAAUGGGAAAAUCAACGAGCAGGAACUGGACGCAGAUCUACGCGAUCUACGGAAUUGACCAAUGGCAAACACUAAUCUUCCUAUUGUGUCAAGCGAUCCUCUUCGCCGUCUUGUCCGUUCUUUACCUUCUCUACUUCGGCCCCAUUUGCGUCUUCUUUGAGCGAUUACUAUCAAUCGCCGCCGUACCUGCUGUGUCCGCCCGAUUCGCCGCCGGAUUCACUGGCUCCGUCACCGCGCUCUCCGCACUCUGCCUGUUCUUCGCCGCCGCCAACUUCUUCUACUCCUCCGUCCCACUUCACUACGACAUGGCUCAGCGCAUUGUCUCCGCCGUAACUGACUGGUCCUCGGUGAAGCUAGCCCUCGACCUCGGCUGCUGCGGACGCGGCAUCCUCCUCAACGCCGUCGCCACGCAGCUCAAAAAGGAAGGAAGUUCGGGUCGGGUCGUGGGGCUGGACGGAUCCAAGCGGGAGACACUGUCCACGUUGCAUAACGCGAAGAUGGAAGGAGUGGGAGAGUACGUCACGUGCAGGGAGGGUGACGCGAGGAGGCUGCCGUUCCCGGAUGAUUACUUCGACGUGGUGGUGUCAGGGGUGUUCGUGCACACGGUGGGGAGGGAGUACGGCCCGCACACGGCGGAGGCUUCGGCGGAGAGGAUGCGGGCGAUGGGGGAGGUGGUGAGGGUGCUGAAGCCCGGCGGAAUCGGGGUGGUGUGGGACCUAGUGCACGUGCCGGAGUAUGUGCGGAGGCUACAAGAGAUCAAGAUGGAGGAUAUACGAGUGUCGGAGCGCGUGACAGCCUUCAUGGUGAGCAGCCACAUCGUUUCCUUCCGGAAGCCGAGUCAGCACGUGAUGGGGCCCGCAGAGGUCCGACUCGACUGGAGAUCAUGCUGACGCGUCACCACCUAUGCUCUUAGAGAGAGUAUUAAUGACUACAAAUCAUCAAACUGACUGGGGAGGCGAAGUCGAACCAGAUAUUUAUACAUAUAAACAUAUAUGUGCUUGAGAUCGAUUCACAACAUAUAUAACAGUGAGAGGGCACGCAGCCUUAUAGUGAUGUUACGUGGAAGAAGAAAAGCUGCUGCAGUAUUUAUGGUUAUAAGCUUGUUAACCUGAGAAUGGAAGAUGGCAAGUUUUUGUAUAGAACUGAAAUUAUCUGUAAUACCCAUAUCUUUAACGUUUAAAGCUGGAAGCCGAUAUGGUGUGAAUCAUUAUAGUGGCUCAGUGACACCUUUUUUUUCUUUUUCUUUUGGUUUACUGGAAACUUUCGUGUAAAAUGUAAAUGAAGUUCUUGAUUGGAUUGCGAGCACCCAUGGAUACGAGCACGUCACCGUGCUGUAAUUUCA